AUGCUAUUUGGUUUCGAUACCGGUAGUUUCGGAGGUAUCCUGGCUAAUCCACUGAGUAACCCCUUUCCUGAUCAUCAGACAAACAAAUAUGCUUUCACGUCUUCCGAAACUUCAAUCAUCUCGUCUAUACCUUUCAUCGGCAAAUUCCUUGGAUGUUUGUUUGCAGGUCCAGCGAUUGAAAAGCUCGGCCAUCGAAUCGUUUUUAUUCUUCUGUCGAUCAUCUCUGUUGUUGGUGUUAUUCUGGAAGUUACAGCUGCUGACACUGGUUAUGGAACCGGCCGUUUCGCGCAGUUCCUUGUUGGCCGUAUCGUUGUCUAUGUCUCGGUUGGUUUGGUUGAAGUUGCUGUUACUACAUACCAAGCGGAAAUUGUCCCAGCUCCUUUCCGCGGCCUUGUUGUCGUCUCUUUGCAACUCUUCCUCGCCGCCGGAUCCCUUAUGGCAAGUGGUCUCAACAAAGCAUAUUCUACCUACACAGAUGGUGUGGGUUGGAAAACAGUUACAGGCAUUCAGCUUGUGUUCCCUGCUUUACUUACUGCUUUUGUGUUUUUCAUUCCCAACUCACCCCGUUGGCUUCUAUCAAAAGAUCGCGAAGAAGAAGCAGUUACUUGUCUCCAGCGCUUGCGAAGCAAAACUGAUUUUGAUGAGGGUCGAUGUGACAAUGAGAUCAAAUUGAUCAAGGAUACCUUGAGGGAGCAAGUACACAAAGGACCAUGGCUUGACCUCUUCCGUAGGACAAACUUGCGACGUACAAUGAUUGUUUUUGCAUUUUACUUCUUUCAGCAGGCAACUGGCCAAGCAUUCUCAUCGACUUACCAAACGGUGUUCUAUAAACAAAAUGGUUACAGCAGCUACCAGGCUUUCACAUAUCCCAUUAUUACAAGCGUUCUCGGCAUGAUUGCUGUUUGUCCAGCUAUGUAUAUGGUCGACAGUGUAGGUCGUCGAAAAACUCUCAUGAUCAGCUAUCCCCUGCAAGCUCUCUGGUUGUUCCUGGUAGCAGGUCUUGGCGCGAAACCAAGCAAGACAGCAACCGAGAAGAGCACUGUUGCAGCUGCUUUCAUGCUGUUUUCCUUUUUUUACAAUAUGGGUAGCGCUUCUAUCCCAUAUCUUCUCGGUAGUGAAAUUCCGAAUUCUGCUGUUAGAGAAAAGACACAAUCGUUAGGAGCAGCAUGGAAUGUCGUCUGGGCAUUUGUUACCAAUUACUCUAUCCCUUACCUUAUUGCGGAUCUCCACUUCGGUGUUGGCUGGGUGUUCGGUGGCAUAUCCGCGCUUGCACUAAUUUUCACUUACUUCUUUCUUCCCGAAACAAAGGGUCGCGCGCUUGAAGUGAUUGAUGCUCUAUUUGCGACAGCUUUCAAUCCUUUCCGCCCUCAAAACAUCCAGUUGAGCGAUGCUGAGCGCCGCAUUGGGCAAUUGGAAGGAGGGAAAAGUUUUGAAGAUACAGUUUCAGUGAAUAACGAGCCUGGACGUAAUGAUGAUCAGGUCCAAGUGAAGACUUGA